AUGGAUCAAGUCCUCCUGCCUAUGAUCUACCAGCACUGCGAGGGAUCUCUAGUCCAGCACUAUCCUUCUAGCUUUGAUCACAGCCGGUUCAAUGCUACGGCCCGGGGAGUUGAGAUGCGCUCCCGGCGAGUGGAUCCGGUAGCGCGAGAGCAGCUUCUAUUUUAUUUCCUACCACCAGAUGCACUCUCGCUUGUAUGGGCGAAUAUUCUAGAGACUAUCGAGCUCACUGGGUUCCAGCAAUUCCUAGACGUGAUUAUCCUCGUCCAGGGUAAAAACCUAAAGACAUUGACCAAAGCAAAUACGUGGGACAGUAUGAUGCAGGAGUUUGCCCAGCAUUGGGGUAACACGAUCGACGAGUCUUAUCUCUCCGAUCAAUUCUAUAUCGAUCUUGGGAAAGAGACCUGUCCUACUGGGCCCUCACGGGUUGGUGCAGCAUCCUCCGGGAUCCUCACGUCCAAAGCACAGCAGUUUUAUCCGAUUAGUCUGCUCCACGAUACUGGCAGCCUCACAUUAGAAACUCGUCCAUCCUCCCCGCAGCGGCAGGCCGGUCUUCUCUAUACGCAGUUUUAUUCCAGUGUAAAGGAGGUUUUUGCGGCAGGGGAUGUAUACCCAUUUUCUAAUCCGGCCCUAGAAACCUUGGCACUAGAUCCUCAGCUUCGUAAGACCUGGCAGUAUGUCGGGGGCGGUCUCAGCCAUGACCCAAUCGCGUUAAGGCGGGCAUAUCUGAACAUGAAACAGCGGUGCCACGCUGCCUUGCAAGGAUCACAUAUCAAAGUAUUUGGUCUUCGCGAAGAGCACCGCAUCUCCCUCCGUCUGUUCUAUAUGAUCGAUCAGGAGCUUCGCGAGCGCAACCUUCACCAGGCACAACUUCCAGGGAGUUUCGUCUCAAGUUGA